AUGGUGAAGGAUCAGAUGGUGGCAUCUUUACACUCUGCUUCCUUUCUAGGUACAGUUGAUGGAGCCUGUGAUCCUAAAGCUGCCGAGAUCCUAGGAGGCAAUUAUACUCUCCUGGAAGAUGGAACCGCAUUGACCUAUAAGUGUCCUCAGGGACAGUAUCCCCAUCCGACACAAUUCCGGUUUUGUAAGAAUGGCAACCAGUGGAGCCUCUUGACGGACAGGGAGGGCAGGACUGUCGAGAAGGCCGAGUGUCGAGCCAUCCGGUGUGUCAGGCCUCUAGAAUUUGAAAAUGGUGUAUUUGAGAUCUUCCAGCAAUUUUACGAGAUCAACCAGGAGCUGAAGUUCACUUGCUAUGACGGACACAAGCUGCGGGGCCCCCAGAUACGUACCUGUCUCCCCACUGGGAAAUGGAGUGGAGAAACAGCUGUAUGUGAUGAUGGAACUGGCCAUUGUCCUGACCCAGGAAUUCCAAUUGGCGCUCGAAAAUACGGCACGGAGUAUAAACCAGGGAGCACGGUCCGCUACCAGUGUUCUAGAGGGUUGUCUCUUAUCGGAUCUAAGGAAAGAGUUUGCCAAAAAUCAGGAAUUUGGAGUGGAUCAGAACCAGAAUGUCGAAGCCCAUUCACUUUUGAUUCUAAAGAAGAAAUCACCACCAAGUUCCUUCCAUCCCUCAUUGAAGUUGCUUUAUCUGCCAGCCAAGGAGCACCAGCUAACAAAAGUGACUCACUUAAUAUCUACUUUCUCCUUGACGCCUCAGAAAGCUUUGGCCGAAAAAGGUUCAUAAAGGCCAAGGAAGCAUUGGUGAAAUUAAUCCAGAAGCUCUCCAGCUAUGACAUCCUUCCCAAUUAUGGCAUUGUGACUUUUGCCACCGAAAGCAGAAUGGUUCUGCGUACAACUCAUCCACAGAGUAGCGAUGCUGACUGGGUGUCUGAACGGCUGGGCUCCAUUAGCAUCGAUGCACAUGAGCUGAAGCCUGGAACCAACAUCGCGAACGGCCUUCAAUUUGUCUAUGAAAUGAUGAUUAUGCAGGACAUGGAAGAGAAGCGACGGGGGCUGAACCCCACACCUGUCUCCACCACAGCCCGUCAUAUCAUUAUCCUCCUAACGGACGGCAACUACAACCUGGGGGGGCCCCCAUUUUUGAUCAUCCAACAGAUAAAGGAGUUUCUUAACAUUGGGAGACCUUCCGAAAACCCUCGUGAUGAUCAUUUGGACCUGUACAACGUGGGGAGCUCCUCGUCUGCUACUCUCCUACAAAUAGACAUUGCCGAAUCUUCCCCAAACCCUCGUGAUGAUCGUUUGGAUGUUUAUGUCUUUGGUAACGGCCAUAACAUCAACACAGAAGCGAUUAAUGAGCUGGCUUCUCACAAACCCAAUGAGAGACAUGGCUUCAUUUUGAAGGACUUGGACGAACUGAAAGAGGUCUUGGAGAAGAGUUUGGAUGAUGGUGAAUCUUUGCCCAUGUGUGGUUUCUCCCCGGGAGAAGAAGCAGUAAAUGACUAUGAAAAGUAUCCCUGGUUUGCAAGGAUCGUCAUCAAUGAACUGCGGCAAGAAAUCUGCAAGGGAGUCAUUGUCUCUGACCAGGACAUCUUGACAGCAGCCCACUGCUUGGCUGGGGUUAAUGGGAUUGAAGAUAUCAGCGUCAUCCUUGGAACCACCAACUUUGCAGUGGCUGAAAUCCGACGCCACCCAGAAUACAAUAGUCAGAAAGUAAAAAAUAAGCGCACCCCGGAGUUCUACGAUUAUGAUGUUGCUCUGGUCAAACUCAAAGAAAAGCAGCUUCCAUCUUUUGCAAGACCAGUCUGUUUACCGUGCACAAUAGAAACCACUCGGAUUCUCAGAAAGCCACAUCCACAGACCACAUGCAAGGAUCACGAGGAAGAACUCCUGUAUGAUGGAAAUAUUCAUUCUCUUUUCAUCACCCCCUGUGAAUACAGCAGUGGCCAGAAAUCUGGAUUGCUCCAGAGAAAUGUGUGGAUCAAGAAUGGAGAAAAGAAAAUGGCCUGCAACCUGGAUGCUGAGAAAGCAAAACGAUACGAGAAGGUUGCAAAUAUCUCAGAGAUGGUGAGCGAACACUUCCUUUGCACAGGAGGCACGGACCCACAAGUGGACCCCAACGUUUGUUCAAAUGAUUCCGGUGGGCCUCUCCUCAUUCAGAGAAGGUUACGUUACGUUCAGCUGGGUGUGAUCAGCUGGAGCGUGGUUGACACUUGCGAAUUCGACAGGUCAUUAUUGUGCGACUCGGAGCCCGUAAAGAAGUCCCCCCCGCAUGCCAGAGAUUUCCACAUCAACAUCUUCAAAAUUCUACCUUGGCUCAAGGAGCAAUUGGGGACAGAGGUGGAGUUCUUGUAAAUUUGCUUUUCUCUUUGCUUUUUAAUAAAUGGAUCAAGCAUUUCCCCAUCCUUAAAAC